AUGGCGGAGGGGAUGCAUCCCGUAUGGGUUGCAAUUCUGCCACAGGCAGCACCAUCUCACCCAUUAUGGCCUCUCUUGCCAAACCUCAAAACCACCAAAGAAGGGGACUUUCUGUGGCCUUAUGCUAGCACCAGUUUCCACUGGCUUCUGGUGGGCACAGCUUCUUCCGGCUCUCCGCUAUGGAAGUGAAAUUGAUCCAUGUAGCCCUGGUUGUCUUCUUCUUGCUCUCCGUUGCCAUGACCAGCUGCUUCCUGUGGCAGUACAGCCUUCCCAAGAUGGAGCCCAGCCCAACAGUGAUGGAGGUCAAGCCAGAGGCGGUGCAGAUGUGUCCCCGGUACCCAGACCCUGUGCCUCUCGACCAUCCAAUUCCAGUCCUGAAGGAUGCUCUGGAAAAGGUGGAUAUGCUUCUCCGUCACAAAAUCCGCAGCCCUGGCCUGCCAGCUUUGUCAGCCAUUGUUAUCUACAAUGACACCGUACUGUGGACAGGCAACUUUGGGAAACGCAAUGGCUCUGACCCCUUCUCUGGCAUUCCCAAUGAAUACACCAUUUACAGGAUUGCCAGCGUCUCCAAGAUCUUCCCCACCAUCAUGCUAUACAAACUGUGGGAGGAAGGGAAGGUGACGUCGCUCGAUGACCCUUUGGAACGCUAUGCCCAAAGCUUCAGCAUUAAAAACCCCCUGGGACGGCUCAGGGAGUCUGAGCAGAGGUAUUCAGCGGAUGGACUGAUCUUCCUGGAGAAAGGAUCGCUGCCCCUCAAGCCGUCACCGGUGACGCUGCGUAGAAUGGCCAGCCAGCUCUCAGGUUUGCCCCGGCGGCUGCGCUCCACGAGUCUGUUGUGGAAAGGGACCACUCAAGAAGCCUUGGCCCUACUGAAAGAUGACGUCCUGGUGGCUGACCCAGGAACCAGGUGCCAUUACAGCAACUUGGCUUUCUCCCUAAUGGCACACGUACUAGCAGAACAUGCCGCCGAGGGUGAAUACCAGCGAUGGGUGUCUGAGAAUAUCCUUGACCGUUUGGGGAUGGAGGACACAGGCUUCGACAUCACGCCGCCCAUCCGCUCCCAGAUGGCUGUCGGCUUCUAUGGUAGCGGGCAACCUGCCCCUCUCUAUGACUUGGGCUGGUACAGGCCUUCCGGCCAGAUGUACUCCACGGCUGCUGAUCUUGCCAAGCUAGCGAUGGUCUUUUUGGGGACUUACCACCGGCGCCUUCUGGAGCCGGACACUGUGAAGACCAUGCUGACACCUCUUUUCAAGUGCUCCAGUGAGUACUUUGCCAAUAAGACUGGCACACCUUGGGAAAUCAAUGAGCAACUUGGGUAUGAUAUCAUCAGGAAGGAUGGUGACCUGGAUGGCUACUCUGCCACCUUCUCCCUUCUCCCAAAGCUCCGCUUGAGCUUCAUUGUCCUGAUGGCUGGUCCUCGCCCCCAAGGAGGAGACCUUGUGGCACAGACCUAUGAGCAACUGAUCCCUGCCAUGGAAUCUGCUUUCCGGGAAGCGGAAAAAAGCCUCAACCCCCCACCUAGUCCCACCCCUUACGUAGGCUACUACACCUACUCCAACCUGACUUUCUAUGAGAUCAAGGUUGGGGCUGGAGGGGUGCUGGUGAUGCAGCAGUUUGGGCCACACAUUGAGGAGCUGAUCCCUGAGAAUUAUCGGACCAUCAAGCUGCACCACCUCGAGGACCGCGUUUUCCAAGUGGUGUUUGAUAAGGAGUUCCCAUGCACCCUGCACCUCGGCUCGGCCUCAGUGUCCCUGGAGACUCAAGAUGGGCAGCUCUUCAAUUUCUACCCUUUUGACCGCAAGGGAUUAUCCCCUGGCUUUGAUGCUCCUGGUCUGAACACAUAUAACGUCUUACGGAUCCAUCGCAAGCCGGUGUUUUACAGUUAACCGCUAACAGCAAAGCAGCCAUUUUACUAUUUGAACAGACACUGAGGAACCUGUGACUUCAUCCUACCAGUGGUUGAACUUUCCUCUGCCCUCCAAAGGGACUUGCUGGCUUCUGGCGGACAGACUUUCUAAAGGCCACGCUGUCAUGAGAUGUGCAUCUCCAAGGCCUCAAAUGAGCUCCAGAGACCUAAGAUCUUGGGGGUAAUUGUACUCCACCGAAACAGAAAAUGUGGGGCUAUGUUGCUACGCACCCGCCGACAUUUCACAAAUGAAAACUGGGACUCAUGU